AUGCUGCGCCGAAGGAUGGGAUACGCCGACCCGUCGUCGGGUAAAGACAUACUCGGCAAUAGAUCGCUUUGCUUUAUGUUCCUUUGCGCGUUCGGACUGGUGACGCUGCUGCAGCAGAUUCUCUACGGGAAGAACUACAUCAAGAGGUACCUCGAAAACUACGAUGGCUCAUAUGAAUACAACUCCACUGCAUGCAGGGAGCUCAGGCAGGAGAUUAUGGACGUCAAAGUCCUGACAAUGGUAAAAACCUCCGACCUGUUUGAGAGAUGGCGGAACCUGCAGGUGUGUAGAUGGGAGCAGAACAAGGAGGAGACCAGCAACUUCAAGAUGUCUCUGACUCGCUGCUGUAACGCUCCUUCCUUUCUGUUCACCACCAAGAAGAACACGCCUGCAGGGACCAAACUGAGGUACGAGGUGGAUACCAGCGGUAUCCUUCCCAUCACCACGGAGGUCUUCAAGAUGUUUCCAGAUGAUAUGCCGUAUUCCAAAUCGCAGUACAAGAAAUGUGCAGUCGUCGGCAACGGCGGCAUCAUCAAGAGCACCAAAUGUGGAAAGGAAAUCGACUCGGCAGACUUUGUGUUUCUCGUCUGCAGAUUUCAGAAGCUGGAGAAAUGGCGGCGACCCUUUUACGAAGUCCUCCAGAAAUACGAGAACUCGUCGGUGGUGCUCCCCGCCUUCUACAACACCCGCAACACCGACGUGUCGUUCAGGGUCAAGUACAUGCUGGACGACUUUGACUCCCAGCGGGGGGUCUUCUUCUUCCACCCGCAGUACCUGCUCAACGUGCAGCGCUUCUGGGCGGUGCAGGGCGUCCGGGCCAAGCGGGUCAGCAGCGGCCUGAUGCUCGUGACCGCCGCCCUGGAGAUGUGCGAGGAGGUCCACCUCUACGGCUUCUGGGCGUUUCCCAUGAACCCCUCGGGGAUUUACAUCACCCACCAUUACUACGACAACGUCAAGCCGCGGCCGGGCUUCCACGCCAUGCCCCACGAGAUCUUCAACUUCAUCCACAUGCACACCCGCGGGAUCGUCAACGUACACACGGGGCAGUGCACGUGA